UUUUUGGUCUUUUUCAAAGAUAAAUGUGUUGCUGUGAAAAAAAAAAAAAAAAAGAUGCAAAAGCGGAGGUCAAACAACAAGCCCUUCCGUAUUUAUAACUUAUAAGCAACAAUUGAACGUAUUCUGUAGCAGCAAAUAUGAACUGAAACAUUAAAAUGAUCCUUCCAACUCCAACGGCCAAAAACUACCAUGGGUUCAUACUCUUCAAACUAUCUCCGCUUGCUUUCUUACACUAAGCUCUUAACCUCUCACGUCAACCAAGGUCGCCAUGAGCAAGCCAUCUCUCUCUUCCAUCACAUUCACUCCACCCUAGCUCUCGACUCAUUCGUCUUCCCUCUUGCUCUCAAGUCCUGCGCCGCCAUCCACCGCCCUCAGCUCGGCACAGCCAUUCACGGACACGCAGCGAAAGCUUCUCUGCUCUCAAACCCAUUUGUCGCCUGCGCUCUUGUGGAUAUGUAUGGUAAAUGCGGCUCGCUUUCCCUGGCACGCAAACUGUUCGAUGAAAUUCCCGAGAGAAACGUUGUUGUGUGGAAUUCCAUGAUUUCGCUUUACACCCAUUCUAAUGAUUUGCCCAAGGCUUUGCAGUUGUUUGAAUGUAUCAAUGUUACACCAAACGCAUCGACAUUUAAUUCAAUUAUAGGCGGUUUAUCGGAAAUGGAAGAUGGGUCGUUUAAGGCUAUUAUGUUCUAUAGACGAAUGCAAAAUAUGGGAUUGAAGCCAAAUUUGAUUACAGUUCUUGCUUUGCUAUCCUCAUGUGUAGGCAUAGCAGCUUUGAAUUUGAUUAAAGAAAUUCAUGGUUACUCCAUUAGGAACGACAUUGAUCCUCACCCACAAUUGAGGAGUGGCUUAGUAGAAGCAUAUGGAAGAUGUGGGUGUCUUGAGAAUGCACGUUUUGUGUUUCAAAGUAUGAGGGAGAGGGAUGUAGUUGCGUGGAGCAGCUUGAUAUCAGCCUAUGCACUUCAUGGGGAGGCAAGGGCUGCUCUGGAAAUCUUUGGACAAAUGGAAUUGGCGGAAGUAAAGCCCGACGGGAUCACUUUUCUCGGGGUGUUGAAAGCUUGCAGCCAUUCAGGAUUUGCCGAUGAAGCCAGGAUGUACUUUGCUCGAAUGCGUGAUGAUUAUGGCGUGGAACCGAGCAGUAAUCACUAUUCGUGCUUGGUGGAUGUUUUGAGUAGAGCGGGAAGAUUAUACGAGGCAUAUGAAGUCAUACGAGAUAUGCCAGUGAAGGUAACUGCAAAAGCUUGGGGUGCCCUUCUUGGUGCUUGUAGUACUUAUGGGGAGUUGGAGCUUGCAGAGAUAGCCGGUAGAGCUUUGCUUGAGAUAGAGCCUGACAAUGCUGCCAAUUAUGUAUUGUUGGCUAGGAUUUAUGCAAGUGCAGGAAGACAUGAAGAAGCCCAGAGAAUGAGACGAGAAAUGGAGGAGAAGGGAGUGAAGACAGCACCAGGUAGUAGUUGGGUUAUAUAUCAAGAUUGAUGUUAAUAAUGGAGUGCUGCGUGAUUCCCGGGCAUGUGACAAUAACCUCGAAGAUACAUCUGGAGAUUGACAGUUCUGGUUUAUUAGUUGUGAUGAUCAAAGAGUUGGCAAAAGCCAAAACAUGAUCUAUAACAGUCACAGGAUUGAGAUGACUAUUAAGAGUGACUUGCUUGAAUGUGUCAUAUGGAACAAAUGUAUGAGUCAGUCUUUUGUGUUUGGAACAUGAGGCCCACUAAUCAAAUCUACAAUGCUGGAAAAAUUCAUUGGGGGAUUGUUUCUACCACUCUGGACAAUGUGAAGCAUUGUGACCCCUUAUUCUUGUACAGUGUGUAUUUGCGGUUUCAAAGCUAUUUGUCUUAUACCUACUAAUCUUUUAGGAGAUCAUUUUUGUACUACUAUUUGGAUUGUCAAAUAUUAUGAAUUUUUGAAAUGAAAUGCAUUCCCACU